AUCAGAAAGUCAGCAGGUAGUGAGUACGUUUCAGCUCUGAUUAUCGAGAAGAACGCAUUAGAAUUCAUUAUUUCUGUAUUGAAUUGUGAACUUUGAAAUACAGAAAUUUAAUCUGAUAGCUAUUCUAAAUAUAAUUAACGCUCUGUUACUGAAUUUGGUAAUUGCCUUUGUUCUACCUUUCAUUUAUUGAUAUUUGGCAAUUAGCAAGUGUUCGGGAAACAUGUCAGGUGAACAGCAGGAUUUAUGUAAUACAUUACUGCACGGAGAUUUAGCGAAUGUGCAUUUCAAUGAAGAAAGUGACGACGAAGAUGAAGAUACCACGGAGACGGAAGAGAAAUUACAACAAUUACAUUGUGAAAAUGAUAUUUGUGUCCAGGAUCGAUCUCUGAAAGACAAGGAAGUUUACAGCGAAGAUGUGAACAAUGCUUGGAAGGUUAUUCAGUCUUGGAUAGAGACAUCCAUGGAGUGGACAAUUAAAGUUGGACAGAACCCUAUUGAUGGGUGUGUGAGGAGUCAAUGGUCAGAUAUAUAUGGCUGUGUAACGGUUUUACAAGCACGACUUGAUAUGGGACCCGCUGAACUUUUUGAAGAUCUUGCUUUCAAUAUUGAUGAACAAUUGAAAUGGAAUACAUUAGUUUCGAAAUUCCAGAUUCUUGAAAAACUGUCAGAUGAAAUAGAUAUCCUCUAUUACGUGGUACCUGGUGCGAUACCCAAAUUGAUAAAAGACCGAGACUUCAUUAUAGUACGACGGUGCACUAAGCAGGGAGAAAUGUACUUUCAAGCAUCUUGUGGCGCCAAGCACAACGGUAAACCUGAACAGAAGAAAAUAAUACGAGGCAAUAAUGGACCUGGAGGAUGGAUUCUAAAGCCAGUGGAAAGCAAUCCGCAAAAAAGUGAUUUUCUCUGGUUUUCUUCAAUGCAAAUGAAGGGAAAUUUACCACAGAAAUUAAUUGAUCAACUAUCCCCAAAAGUGAUGCUAAGUUACCUGCAGCCACUCCGAAAACACAUCAAUGACCUUUCUAAGAGGAAAAGUUAGUUUCAUGAUCAGCGAUUAAAACUGACAUAAACUUUAAAAUAUUCUUCAAAAAUUUCCACCACAAAAAAAAUAAGAAAACAUGAUUAAAUUUCCAAAUAUCGAUUCGAUAUAGUCUCAUGAGAAUACUGGAAGACGAAAUUUCGAAGUUCAAGUGAGUGUAGUAUAAAAAAUAACUAGCAUUAUUUAGGUUAAAUUGCCAAGAUUUUCCCGACAUUACUCACUGAAAGAUAAGAAUCUACCCAAGAAAAAUCAGAUAAUAGUCUGAUUUUAAUAAACGGCUUGUGUUCACCAUCGAACUGCGGACUGAAUAACGACGCCAUGGCUUGUUUUCAUUCACUUACACUAUAUUCAUAUAAACUUGUACAUUCACCUAGUAGCUGGGUGUAAUUUGAGGGAUAUCUGACUGCAAUAACUUGCAGAAUAAUAAACUGAAAAGAGUUUCCCUUAUUGUUUCUAAUGCUCAAAAUAAAAAGACUUACUGGAAGAUGUAAGUCUGGAUAUACCAUGUCUAAAAAUAUGAUACUCAGGAAUGGAUCGAUUUAUCCUCAAAAGUUUUCAGGAUUGACUUGAAGUUAAACAAUAAAAAUAUACAGGGGAAAAAAA